CUUCGAUCGGUUCGGCGCUUCGAUACGAUCCUAAAACGAACAUCAUUCGCGGGUUUUUCUAUGUUGAACUUAAAAAUAUUAGCUUCGCCAAGUUUGAGAAGAUGCCCGAGCAAUUCAUGAAUUGCAGCCACCCUCUCCUGCUGCCGCUGCUAGCCGUCGAGAUAACCUUUGAGACGAAAGUCAGUCACCUGGCGAAGAACUCACAAGAUCUAAACAAAAUAGAAGAAAUGACGGGAUAUGGCCUUAGCACAUCGGAGAAUGCGACAGACUCGCAGAAUGACUACCGCGUCCUAGUGAAAGGACUAGGUAAAUUCCAAAGUCAGCUGUAUCUGGCACUGGCAACAAUAACUUCGUCUCGCUACAUGGCUCUAUUUCUACGUCAGAAAAUCCAGCAUCUUAGUGGAGUUAUUCCAGAGGAAUAUCAGCAGAAACUAGCGCCAGCCUACCACAUAUUAGAUGAACGGAUCGAAUUCCUUCUGAGCAAUAUGGAACACACAUAUAUGAUGGGUGCCAUGAAGGAACGAAUGGAAGCGCAACAAACCGUCCUUUUCAACCUUAUAGCUCAGGCGGAUAGUCUGAUCAAUGUCAGUCUAGCGCAAGAUUCCAGAGAAAUGGCCGUAUCGAGCAAGCAAGACAGUUCAGCUAUGAAGAUCAUUGCCCUGCUCACAACUUUUUUCUUACCAGGCACCUUCAUUGCAUCAUUCUUUGCAAUGCCGCUUUUCAACUGGUCCGAGCCUGAACUCCACCAGGUUGCAAACAGUCACUUUUGGGUCUACUGGGCUGUGACAGGUCCUCUGACAUUAGUUACUAUGGCGGGCGUCAUCGCCUGGGCAGUCUGGAACAGCCGUCGCAUCCAGCUCUUGCAGUCUCGUGCAAGAGAAAGCGUGUUUGGUGAGGCCAAAAGACGCAGAGCGAGAGAAAUGGACGAGAAACAAUCCAUGGAAACGGAGAUGAAACGGAGUUCGAUGUCAGAACGAGAUCCUUACAAAAAGUAUUCCAUGUUUGAUAUCCUUAACCACCGCAGACGCCACCAACACGAUUUGGCCACUGCCGAGCCGUGAGAGUUUGGGGUUGGGUUCAACCGAGACUUCAAAUACGAUGCAAUUUCCAAGCAAUGAACUUCAUGAGAAUUAGGUGCACAUUAGGUGCACAUUUAUUAUAAUAUCUAAACAUAUACCCCUCUAUCCGCUUUUCACAGUGUCCUUCUCUUCAACCCUUUCUACCGGCACUCUUUCUUCCUCAUUAUCA